AUGACCAACUGGAUCCUUGGGGAGAGAUUUCACCAGCGUUAUCCUCACCUCGAUGGGGUGAAGGCGCUCUGGGAGACUAAAUGGAAGCUUCCUUGCAGCCUGAGCGUGAAUCCUUUCCGUGACGGCAAAAUCGAAGAUUUCGCACCCAUUUUUGAGAAACUGGUAGAAGACAACGUCAAUGAUGCCUACUCGGAUACCUACACCGAGUACUUUCUACCGACCGCGGGAAGACUCACCGAUGCAGCGACGUCCGCCCAAGGAGCUGACCGUGCCAAAGCCGCAGAGCUCUUUAAGCGUGCAGCGUGCGUCUACCGCAUUUCCCGGUUCCCUUCGGUCGACGCCGGCACCGGGUUGAAGAGGAAGGUCUUCGACCUUCAGAAGCAAGUCUACUUGCGAGGGGCCAGCUUAUGGGACGCGCCGAUCAAAGAGAUAGUUAUUCCUCACACUUCAGCCGAAGGCGACGAUGGUAAGGAGAUCCCGCUUGGUAUUACUGAUCACCGGGCUGGACGGCCACAGACCAGACACACAGGCCGUACUGACGAGUUUCUCUCGCGCGGAUGGGGUUGUGUGAUCACAGAGAUCCCCGGCACUGCGGACUGUCCUGCUGCACGGCGAGAUCCAAAGUCACCAGACCGGUUGUUCACUUCUAUACUAGACUGGAUGGACCAGCAGCCAUACUUCAAUAUGCGAAAGUGUAUAGCAUGGGGCUUAUCGGCUGGUGGAUACUAUGCCAUCCGUGUUGCUCAUACCCACCACUCACGGUUGGCUGGAAGCAUCGGUCAAGGGGCCGGUAGUCAUCUAUUCCUUUCGCGCGAGUGGCUUGAGCAUGUGGAUGACCACGAAUACCCAUUCGUGUUGAGCGAAGCCUACGUGUCGAAAUACGGCUACAAAGACUGGGAGGAUCUUCUGGAACACGCGCAGAAAGACUUUAGUCUCGUCGAGAGUGGGUUGCUCAACGGCCCCUCCUGCAGAUUACUCUUGGCCAACGGCACCUGGGACGGUCUCAUGCCCAUUGAAGAUAGCAUCUUGUUGAUGAACUAUGGUCGGCCCAAGGAAGGCCGGUUUUACGACAAGAUGUUACACAUGGGAUAUCCUCCUGCGAACGAGAGCAUUUAUCCCUGGAUGGAGUCCAUUAUGGCUGCCGCAGCAUGA